AGGUUCCCUCUCGCCAUUGGUUCCCACCCAAACAAACAAAGCUCAGAUGGAGAAUUCCCCGCACUGAAACGGUGUACACUAUGUUCCGUCAGUUCGCUGGACUUAAUUCGAGGAGAACAUAGCUCAUCCCAACAAGCCUAUUAUUACAAUUUUAUCUCAUACGUUAUUUACGUUACCUGACCGCUUGCGUUGCGCAACAGUAGCGGUUACGUUAACGGAGCUCGCUGCCUGCCGCUCCGUGUCGCAGCAGCGGCAGCGGCAACUGCAGCAGCGGCAGCCGGCUGAGCGAGGCUGGGCAGAGAUGACAAGCAGUUAGGGCUGGUACUGUCUGUACUUCAAAACAGGUUCGGUAGGCACGAAUGACAGCCACAGAUUGGCCCCUGCUCCCGGAGGAUCUGGUGUUUACAAAGAUUUGAUGAGUCAAGCUAGCUAGCAGGUGAGUUUUGAGUGCUUGUUGUUUUCGGUGCUGAAGUUAGCUAGGUUAGCUGAGAUGAACCAGAGGCUAACGUCUGCGUGAGGCUAAUAGUUGGGUUCAAGUAGUGCUACUUACUACCUUUUAUGUAACUAAAUCCCUUUUUUUAACAAUGUUGUGUGGUCUGAUGAUAAAUACAUCGAGCAAUGCAGGAACAAAGAAAAAAGUGGAAUUUAAACAGGAUAAAAUCAACAUUCCAGGCUUUGUUUUCAGUCUCAGAAUGAAAAGUAAAACUAUGUCUUUUGUUUCUGUUGAUCUUUGGUUUCGUUUCCUCCCAAAUUUUGCAAACAAACCUUUAUAAAGACCAUCUCAUGGAAAUUUAUUGUUAGAUAAAACAACUGUUUUUAUAGCAUAUUUUAAAGAAGAGUUACAAAGUGAUCUGCCAACAAUAGAAAGUCAUUUGCUGAGUGCAGGAACAGCUUUUCCCAAAACUGUAUUUAUUUAAUCAUGUCUGCCAUUCAGUUCUCUUUGUUUCUCUAAAAUUAAGAGAUUAAUUACUGAUUCCCUGACUCAAUACAGAGGUUCUUUUCAAUUCAGGACAGUCCGUAUAAUCUCAGAGGUGUUUGCAAAUUUAUUGUAAAAAAAGCUAAAUAAUGUAUGAAAAGGAGAUGUGUCUCCAUUACUGGAGUUAAAUUCUGGAAUGAUGUCAACAUAAAUCUAAAAACAUGUCGUUGUUUUUUGGUGUCCACUGAGCAUUUUUUGGUCUAAAAGAGGUCUAAAAGACGUCUAAAUGUAGUCGAGACGACUGGUCUAAAAUCUGGCUACCACAGGUCUAAAAAUGAAAGUUUUCUAGACAUCUAAAUUUAGACCAAGUUUAGAGAUUAGUUAUGCAACUCACAGUUGCACUUUGAAAUAAAUAGUUAUCAAAUAAUGGGUUAAAGUGCAACGUCUUAAUUCUGUCUGAAAAUAUACAGAAUCCAGACAGUUGAAAUUAGGUCUAAAAAGAAGCUAGAUGUCUAAUAGCCGUCUGUUACUCAGUGGGUGGUUUGUAAAGCUAUUUUUGAAGCUUCUAAGUGCGAUUAAUUAUCUGUUGUUGUGGUUUCUUUUCCUUUCUGGAGGUCGGCAGUCUAAAGAGUUGACAAUACAGGAUAGGCUUUUAUAAGCAGUCUGCUUCUGCCUAUGCCUUUUCAGUCAAUAUUCAACACAUGAUUCUUGAUGUAGUGAUUUUGUGUGAAAUGUCAAUAUUUUGUACAAUAUUUGGUGUUGUCAUGACUGAAUAAAUGACUACUACUAACUAAUUUUCUAAGUUUAAAGUAUGAAUUAACCAGACUGAGUGAGUACUGCACCUUAUAUUAAGCCAGCUUCAAUACAAAAGAUCAGGGAGGCAAAACAUUAGGAACAACUUUCAGUGAAAUAGACUCCAAUACACCACUUAGUACGUCCUCAGUAAUAAAACAUAAAGUACAAAAAUUACCUGCGUGAUCAUGUCAGGUAACAAUGGAGCUGUUGUAUUCAAAGUGCUCAUGAUAUUAUUGCUAGUUAGUGUGGUGUUUUAAAAAAAGGUUAAAAAAUAAUAACACUUGUAUUUUUGACACAAUAUUUCUUUACAGUGGUAUUUCUACUUUGAAUAAAUACAAGAACAGAUUGCUUCUCUACGGCUGUGUCUGAAACUUCACCUUAAGUUUUAAAUCACAGUCAGAGUAAUGAGGUAAUAAGCAAGUUGUGAUAAUAAAAUGCUGAUUUCACAAGUGAUUUUUGGAAUAUAUGAAGCAAUGUUCUGGAGAGAUGAUUGUGCAUUUAUUAGCAGAGAUUACAGGUCACAGUGAUACGGAGGAAAAGGGGAAGUAAAAGGAUUAGCUGAGUCUCAGUCUCAGCGUUUACAUUAACUCCCUCCUCCCCUCUGUCCUGUGCUCUUCCAAUCCCAGUUACUAUGAGCGCAAUACGUGUGGAUGCCAAAGUGGUGAUGCUGGGAAAGGAGAGCGUAGGGAAGACGAGCCUGGUGGAGAGAUAUGUUCAUCAUCGCUUCCUGGUCGGCCCCUAUCAGAACGUGAGUGUCAGCUGCUCUGCUCUUCUCUCUGCGUAUCAGGCUGUUGCUGAUCUGGUCUUUGCACGCUUGCUCAAAUGAAAGACAUCUUUAUUUAAUUGAUCCCCUGGGAGUUUGAGGUCAUAGAAGUUCAAGCUUGUGAUCAUCUCAAGCAUAAAAUCAAAAUCAUAUAUCAGAUUUGAAGCUUCUGAAACAAGCCUCAUGUGUGAGUGUUUUAUGACUUUGCACAAAGUAUUCUAGUGGUUUUGGAAAGAGCCCUUUACUUUGUAUAAACCAGUUUUUAUUUACUCUUUCAUCGUCAGGUUUUUUGGUUAGCUGAAGAUCUUCUAUAGAUACACAGUUUACGACUCAAUCAGUUGUCAGGGGCUCAUAUCUAACUGGUAUUAAUGCUCAGUUUUUAGUGCAAAAACCAAAAAGUUUACAUAUCAUGCUCUGGGUGUCUUCAUUUCUUUUCUGUGAGGUAUUUUUAGUUUGUCUUAACUUAGUUUAGUUGAAUGAACUUGCACAAAAUAAUAGAUUAGCUUUAGAAAACCUCAGAAGCCAUCAACAAUGUUGUUAUAACCGAUGAGAAAUUUUCACAUGUGAUCAGCUGUUUACUACCAAAACCAAAUGUACAAUUCAACAAAUGAUAAUAAUUGUCUAUUUUACAUUUUAUUUUGGUGGAAAUGUAAAAUAAAACAUCUGAUUCCAACUGGAAUCAAACUGCAAUCAAAUACAUUUUCAGAGCGAGAUUUCAGCCUGAGUAAACAGAGGAGAACAGGAUGGGCUGAUUUUUAUUAGGAGAGGACGGAGAGUCUGCAGGGACUCCCAGCGUUACCACCCACAUGUCUGAUGCUUCACUGCACCUGUUUUCUUCUCCUCACAGACUAUCGGUGCUGCUUUUGUUGCCAAGCCCAUCCAGGUGGGAGAGAAAGUGAUUACCCUGGGAAUUUGGGUGAGUAAGAUUUGAUACACCUGAAAUGAAUUUAGGUGAGCGUGUUCAACAGCUCUCGCUUACCGAACCCUGAGAUUAUGCAAAGGGAGACAUUGACAUUGCAUCAUUACAGCAACUGGGAUGGCCCCUCAGGAAUACAAAUGUAGGACCAACAAUCCAAACAGAGAUGAGUAGUGAACUCCUUGCUUCAUCUCCAACUCACAGACCGAGCUUACUCAUUCAAAAUGUGAAACUUCCAUAUAUUCUACAUUCAUCACAAACAAAUAGAAAUAUUUGCAGUGGGAUGGGUGCAUAAAUGAUCAUAAGGCUGACAUUUCUGUAUAUAACGUCUUUUUUUGAUAUUUUUUUUGUGAUAUUUUAAUGCUUUGAGUACGUGGAUUUUUGAUUUUGGUGAGCUGUAAUCCUCAAGAUACAAACAAAAAAAGGAAAAGGAACUAUCUUAGGAUGUGCUAUAUUUUUUUUUUAGCUGCACCUGUAACAUUUAAAUGUGAGGUUUCCCAGCAGUAUUUUAGUGAUACACAAAUAUCAGUCUGAAAUAUUUAUCAGUCAUCCUCAGUUUAUCUUACAGUGAAUUCAAGUUCUCACAGAAAAUGUGUGUCUUCAAUAUGGCAUCAGCUACAUGAUACAUGUGUGGGAUGGAUGCUCUCAGUUUUCUAUGUGCAUCAUUUCUCUUCCAAAGAAAUAGACCAUGAAUAAUUAAUAAGAUAAUUAGUUUAAGUAGUUGAUUCAGAGGAUACACUUAUGUACAAUGAUGCAAGAACUGAAAUCAAAAGAAACUCCUGCUGCUUCUAUGAUCGUAUUCACCUGAAACAUUUUCCUCUUUCUCUCCAAAAUAAGUGUCUUUUUAUUUAGGUUCAGAGUGAGUAUAUUAGUAGAAAUGAAAACGAUGACUUUUCAGCAAUUUGUUUGACUUCUCCUCAGCUGAAAAAGUGAACUGCGAGAACAAGAUGUGACUUUAUAAAAUUAGAGCUUACUAAAUUGGAUUGGUGAUGGUAGUUUUUAAGUGAAAAAACCCUAGUGGGGCUAAAUUCGCUUUGAGCCACAGAGCUUUUAAAACAGAGGAUUACAUGGCACCUGAAGCCUGUAUGGGGGUUGCAGGAAUGUUGACGUAUGUACUAAAACGAACGGAGUCAAACAGAAAGCAGUUAGCACUCUGGUGUCUCCUCUCUACCUCCCUUUUGUCUCAGUCGAUGUUGACUUUUGAUUAAGCUCCGUUUUCUCCUCCUCUCUCAGGACACGGCAGGGUCAGAGCGGUAUGAAGCGAUGAGCCGAAUUUACUACAGAGGAGCUCGGGCAGCCAUAGUCUGCUACGGUAAAUCGACACUGUUUCUAACUGUGUCUCUUAAAAAGGUGGAAACUUGAUGUUGUAGUGCACCCUAAAGCUGGUUUAUCUGUCUGAUUCCCUGAAUCCACGUCUCCAUCUCUUCCUUCUACCCUUAAUUCCUCCCUCCAUGUAUCUCUUUAUCUCAAUGUCAAACUGCACACAGGACUGUAUUCAGACUGUUACAUGGUAAUUUGUUAGAUAGAUUCGAAGCAAUUGUGCAGCUGCUGCUUCGUUUUAGAGCAUAUUGGCAUUUUCUUACUGAGCUCUCAGAAAUGCCCUUUUUUGUCUCCUGUGGUUGUAUUUUUUCACAUUAUUAUUUAGAAACAUUUUUUGGUUGGCCGCUCAGUCCCUGUAGGUUAAACUUUAAAUCUCUUUCCUUAUCAGAACACAAUUGUAUAACCCAGCUACCCUUAACCCUGUACCGUCUUUAAAGUAUUUAAAGCUGUUUUUUUUUUUUCUCAAUGGUUUUAUUUUUGAGUUUCUGUUUUUUCCACAUUGGGGAACUUUGUCACUGAGGAAACAGCUGACAGUAUUUCCCUGCAGAUUACUCACACUGCUGUCAUGUUCACGUUAUCCCUCUUUCUCAUCCAGUUUUUAUUUUUAAAGGGUUUAUUUUAUUUAAAAUCUUGCCUGUUGGAGUCGGUUUUCGAAUUUCCGAGUUUGAAAAGACACAGAAACAUUAAGACCUGGUUGGACUGAUCGUGAUGUCUGUUUAGAUAUUAUUAUUAGAUGACCAACAUAUAAAGUUGUGCUCACUGAAGCAGACGUCUCACAGCGACUAAAUUCAGUUGUGCUUUGUCAAUUUGGGUCUUUCAGAUCUGACAGACAGCAGCAGCUUCCAGCGAGCUCGAUUCUGGGUGAAGGAGCUGCAGAACUGUGAGGAAGUAAGAGAGCAUUUCCAGAUUAAACUGUUUUACGGCUUUUUAUUAUACAGGAUUGUUACCCUGCUUCAUCACUUUAUGGCUCUUUAAUAAUUCAGCUAGAGAGGUAAAAGUUUGGGGUAUGUUUUAUUGUUUUGUGUCACUGUGGUGUUUAUGCAGUCUCUGUGAUUUUUGUGUACAUAUAAACACAAUUUCAUGCAUCAGAGGUUGGCCUCGAGAAAAUGAAGUCCUAUAUUUGACAAUGUCAGAACGAAUCCGAUCCAAAGAUGAGAAAACAAAUAUAAAUCUUAAAAAAAGAGACGGAUUGUUUGUCUUUUCAUUAUAUUUUUAAAGCAGACAUGCUCUGCGUGAAUGCAAAGUACAUCUGAUGAUCAUUUUUGGUCUUCUUCACACUCCACGCUGAGUUGUGGAUAGGUGUGAACUCUUAGACGAAGGCAGAAAUAGAGGUUUUAUGAUGAGGUUUUCCAGAAGUCAUGCAGAAUCAGAAAAAGAGGAUGAAAUCAUUGGCAGCUUUAAACUAGUACUUCACUUAAAAUAUUGAUUUUUUUAUUUGUCUUUGUCUGCAGCACUGUAAGAUCUACCUGUGCGGCACUAAGAACGACCUGGUCAGUGGAGAUCGGAGCCUGCGCCAGAUCGACUACCACGAUGCUCAGGACUUUGCUGAAGGUAAUCACAGGCUUGUUUUACUCGUUAUAUUUUGGAUGACAUGUAAAUAUACACACACACUCACCUGUCACGUACCUGCUCAGAUGUUCUGCUAAAGGAACAAAACCUAAAAAAGAAAAUAAAAGCUAAGAGAGAAACCAGGAUAAAGAUCAUUUCGAGGAAUUUACGGCCUCCUUAGUGUGAACUUGAAUCUGGAAGCUGUUCCAUGUGAUUGACAGUUGAAUCACAGUCUGACAGUCUGAUCGUGUGGGUGAAGCUGUGAGUGUUUGUGGCAUAACACUCGAUGAGAAAUCACUUACAAGUAAAGAGCUGCAUGUGUAAACAGUUUAUAUAGUCAUCACUGUCAAACAUUUGCAAAGUCUUCCACAACUACCUGCUCCAGUAUCAUCCACACUCGCUGCAAAACCUGCAUGAGCUUCAAUUUUCUUUUUGAAUUGAUUAUACUAUUAAGCUUAUGUGCAGCUUUAAAGGGAGGAACAGUUUGAGGCUUUACUCCACUAAGCAGUAAAGAAGUUAGUUUUCCUGUUUCCUGUCCAUGAUUAAAGAAUAUUAAUAAAUCAUAGGCCCAUGUGUAGGAUUUAAAAAGUCUCAAACAUUAAGUGAAUGUCAACUUUUCAUGAAUAAGUUUGAGAGUCUGUCUGAGUUAACCUCCACAUUCUGGCUUCCUUCACAGAGAUCGGUGCGCAGCAUUUCGAGACCUCCAGUAAAACAGGAAAUAAUGUCGGUGAGUCACACCUUCAUUCUUUUAACUCUAAAGCUGUCUUUAUUCACAGCCUGUCUGAAGUUUUCAAGACUACAUUGAUUUAAAAGAAAAAAAAAGGCCAAACUUUUAAACUCUGUAUAUGUCGAGGUGGUUGCUUGUUGGUGAUCAUCCUGUAACUCUCGGAGGAUUGUGAAAAAGGAAAUUGUACAAGUGUCAUAAGUCAAAUUGAGACAUCUUUAGGGGAACACCACAGGCAGGAUGGAGCAGACUGAAGAUAGUUGCAAAAGAUGGUGCUUUUUCUUAAUCUAUUGGAGCGUGACUAUUGGAUGAAAUAAAUUGAGAAAGUACUGUGGAGUGCAAUAAACAGGAAGUAACUCUCAGAUGUGGUCUCUUCAGACAUCAGAAUUAACCCCAUUAAGGCCCAGCAGAUUAUUUGGACCCAGUUAUCAAAAUCAAACAUCCAACUUUUACAAUGCAGUGUGACAAAUGUGAUAAUGAUGUGUUAAUGUAGUGCUGACAAUGAGAUAUUACAGUUGUAACCAGCUGAAGUAAAGUUAUUUCUGAUUGGUGAAUGGACUUUUUGUCACUCUGAUCAUAAUGUGUCAAUGAACUAAUAAACUGAAUGGUCUGAUUUCUCUUCUACUCCACAGAUGAGUUGUUCCAGAAAGUUGCUGAGGACUACAAUAGUAGUGCCUUCGAGUAUAUGACAGGUACUUCAUUUGUUUAUUUACCUAAAUUGACAUGUUUGUGGGAUAGAUACAGUUUCUGCAGGUAAAGACCACAUCACGACACUGGUCUGAUUUUGCUGCUUUUUUUUUAAGAUUGUUAUGAGUGAGUUAUGGUGAAACACUCUAAACUGCUGCGAAAUGCUGCUCUAACAGUGAUCCUCGGGGGACACCACUAGUUAAAGGGAGUUCUUUCAGGAGAGUGCUGGAAAUGCUUGUUUGUUUACUAAUCUAAAAGUGAAAAGCAGUAACCCUGGUUCUGUCUGAUGUAUACCCCCUGGUUUGUAGAAGAAUCGAUACAAAAGUCCCAAACACAAUUUGACAGAUACUGUGUUGAUUAAAAAAAUUGGGGAUGGAAAGCUUUCUGCUACUCUAUACAAAAUCUGCCUCCUGAACUCACUCCAAAGUUACUUCAUAUUCUGUUUUUCUCUGUCUCAACAGAAGAAACUAGUGUGGACCUUGGCCAGAAGAAAGACUCAUAUUUUUACUCCUGUUGCCAUAACAACUGAUGCGGAACAACAGGAAGGAAAGCAGAAAAUGCCGUUGUCAAACCUGGAUAUGCUGGAUGGGUGUCGGAUAACUUAGCUCUGGAACUGGGAUCCAAAUCACACACUGUACACUGACUGUAUUUAGAUUUGUUUUUGCUUUUGUGCCAUAAAGAACUGAGGGCUUCAAGACUUCAUGGAGGAGGAUUUACGACUGGGUCAAGAAGGACCUGAAUAUAAACAACACUCAUUUUUUUUUUUUCACCCAGAUUUGUCCUGUUUUUCUCUUUUGUUUUAUUCUCUUGUCAGCUGGUUGUUUGUCUCCUGUAACUUCUCCGGACUGGGUCAUGGAGUUAACAUGUCAUUAAGCUGCAGUGUUAACAAUCGGAUGAUACACUUCUGCAGGAGAGGUCAAGUAAGAGGGAUCCUGCUGAACACAAUACUGACGGACAAAUUUUUAUUGAUGUGUUUGAAUGUCGCGGCAUCUUUUGACGCUUCAGCGGGAAUGAGGAUUUGUUUACAACAGGUAACUUUGUUUACAUCCAACUCUAUUUAACCUUGAUGUGGAAAUUCUCUGUUAGUCCUGCACAUCUCGAAUGAAGCCCAGCAGAGUGAAGCCAAAUAUGAUAUGAUCUGUGAAAAAGAAAAACACUGCUGUACUCAAGCAUGCCUAGAAGUAAAACUGGAUGACACUUGGAUGAGGUGGUAUCACUGAUCCGUAUGAAGACCUUUUCCCCACAGUAGAAAUAACACGACUGUGAAAAAGUAACUCCUUUAUUGAUAGCAGUUACCAAGUUUUACCAUGUGACGCCAUGGAUGUACGAACAGAGGUAAAGCGUUUCAGGUGAUUUGUCCUAGUGGCCACGUAGGGUACUGCAACAAAAACUGACAGGAAGCCUAUGUGUGAGAAAAAAGGGUGGAUAAUCAAUGUAAACCUCUUACAGCCCCCCAAAAAAAUGUAGUUUUUUGGAAGAUCCCAUUGUUAAAAUAAGAUGGUAAAAAUGUGGGCAGGGCUACCAGGGGAAACACUAAUGAGCAUGUGCAUUGGCUCAUAUAUCAAGUAAGCAACUUCAAUUGAAUUGUUGAUCGAGAGCCGUCAAGUAUCCAGUUCUCCAAACGCCCACAGUGACAGCACAUAUAACAUAUAUGAUUCUGUUUAAAGGAAAACACAGGAUUGUGAUUAUUAGCUGAUGGUUUCUAUAAUGCCUCUAUGUCUGUAGUGAUACUGCAUGGCCUCAGCAGACUUAAAGUUACAUUUCUGCACAUAAACUCCAAAUUUUUCUAUUUUUCUUAUUUCAGAUGAAUUGUAGACAUGAAAACAUGUCUGUCAGAUGUUCUCUCAGUCUCCUCUGAAGGUUUAAUGAUGAUCCAAGUUCAACCUCUGUGUUGAGAAACUGCAGAUUUCUCCAACACGGUGGACAAACAUUGUGGGUGAAUGUUGUAACAUGGUAUAAACUGUCAUCUCAGUGUUUUCAGAACAAUAUUUACAGCUGUGUUUGAGGUUCAAGUCACUAAUUUAUUGCCUUUUUAAGUUGUGCUGCCAAGAUGAUGAUGUUGGGACUACAUGGAUACGUUAUCAGUUUCCUCCAUGUCGCUGCUUCGAUGUGUUGAUGUUCUGUGUGUUGAUAUCUUGAUGCACAAUUUUUUAAUGAGGGCUGUUUCACACAGACCAAUGUAAUGUACAAUAUGUUCUGUCAAAUUAAAAGCUUGUUGACCAAGGCCGCUGUUUCUAUGUUAAUGUUACGUUUCUGCAAGUCACAUGACGUGAAGGACAGGGGUCAUGGACAGGAAAAGUAACAAAAGGAAAAUCUGCACCUUCAAACAAAACAAAAAAUAAGGUCUUUGGGUUCUAAAAGAUCGAAUGGAGUUAUGCUUCCCCACAGCCAACCACUAAUCUUGCCCAAAAGUAGGCAAAUGAAAGUAAAAAGGCCUCAAACAGAGGUAGAAUCAAAUCAAAACCUCACUUAACUCUAGAAUUUACCCUCAAAACUCAACCACUCUCAAACACACACAUCACACAAACCAAGAGACACCAACUGAAGGUGUUG